UGACGCAUCUGCAAUAAAACCGCUGUGUCUCCCCUCAGAGGGAAAAAAAGGGAUUCCUGAACUUUACCGCUCUAUCGCCCACCACAAGGCAGGCUUACUCGACAGCCAACAUGGUCAGAGAAGUGGAAAAUUUGGAGGAAUUCCGUAACAUCCUGAAAGAAGCUGGAGACAAGCUCGUGGUGGUGGACUUCACAGCCACAUGGUGUGGCCCUUGUAAACAGAUCGGCCCUAAGUUUGAAGAAGAGUCAAAAAAUCCUGAAAACAAGGAUGUGAUUUUCCUGAAGGUGGAUGUUGAUGAGGCUGAGGAUGUGAGUGCCGAUUGCAAAAUCAGCUGCAUGCCCACAUUCCAGUUUUACAAAAAUGGAGUGAAGAUUGACGAGUUCUCUGGAGCUAACUCGGAUACACUGAAGGAAAAACUCAAAGCUCUCAGAUCAUAAAAACCCAUAUUUCCCUCUGUACAUGCUGAAGAAAUUCCAUACUCAUUUAAUGUACAGUAAAAGCAGGCCCUCCUUUUGACACAGGCAAUAAUUUAUUCCACCCAUCAUGUGUCUGACUCUGUUCAGUGUGUAUCAACUGUCUUUUACAAAUAACUGGAAUUGGAUCAAAACCCUGAAGACCUCCUUUUUAAUUCAGUUUUAUAUGGGAAAAGGGUUAGCUUUUCUCUUGAUUAACUCCUGGACUUUCUUGUUAUGUUGUAUACAACAAGGUGGAUUUAAUAAAUGAUGAAUUACAGAAAA